AUGAUUCGUUAUCAUUCAUUUACUGUUCCAAUUAUCGAGGAACAGCACAAUAUAUACGGAGUGUUAGCUAGUAAUGAUGAUGAGUUAGCUAUUCGAGCUGGUCCGAUAAUUACAGAUCAUUCAGCCAAAUGUUCAGGAAAUCUAAUAACAUUUGCUAAUGAUGCAUGUUUUCGUGAUUCAAUGCCUGAAACAGUCACUCCACUUCCAGAACCUGGUUGCCCUGCUCCUACUCCUAUGCGUCCAGAGCGUCGUUUACGUAUAUGUCCAAUUACUGGUUUACCAGCACGUUAUUUAGAUCCAUUAACUUUAACACCAUAUGCUAAUUUAGCCGCAUUUCGUGUACUUCGACGCUUAUAUUCUGUACAUUUAGAAACAAAAAAACCACCAAUAGAAUUGUUACGUGAAUAUCGGCAUGGUCGUUAA